AUGGACAAUGACAGCAAUGAACAUGACCAAGAAAAUCAAGAACAUGGACAUGUGGGAACAACAAGACAUUAUUGUAAGGUAUGUAAUAGAGGGUUUAGUUGUGCUGGAGCUCUAGGAGGGCACAUGAGAGCCCAUGUAAUAAUGGGCGGAAACACAAUCAACAUAAGAACUACCGAAGACAUCGAAAAUAGGACAAACCCGGCAACGACGACAAAGGGAGACGUAUACAAACACCCCUACUUUCUCCGGGCUAAGAUUCCGCGUAAUCAUCACAACUACGAGGGAGGAGCGGGGGGCCAAGAUUCGUCGACGUGCAAGAAGUCGUUAGAGUCGAGAAAUGAGGGGGGCUCGACGAAAAAUACGUCGAGAGAAGAAGAAGAUUUAGCCAAUUGCCUAGUCAUGUUGUCCAACAAAUCUUGUCAUUACAAGGAUGAAAACAAGGGCAAGGAAAUCGUCGUCGAGCGAGGAUUGUUCCAAUGUAAGGCUUGUAAGAAGGUUUUCACGUCGCACCAAGCGUUGGGGGGCCAUCGAGCUAGCCAUAAGAAAGUUAAGGGUUGCUUUGCAGCUAAAGUCGACGAUCAGAGCUCCCACAAUUGUGUCGUCGACGACGACAAUUCUACUGACGUCGUCGACGAUCACGACUUGAUGCAAGAGAGUCACAAACAGAAUACAACAACAACAACAACAACACUAGAGCAAGACUCCACUAAUUCGACGACGACAACGAGAAAAAGACCACUCAAAAUGCACGAAUGCUCUGUAUGUCAUCGCGUAUUCACGUCGGGACAAGCCCUAGGAGGCCACAAGAGGUGCCAUUGGCUCACGUCUUCGACCGAUAAUGCCUACAUCCCGAACUUCAACGAUUUUCAUUACAACCCUCAAAUUCAUCUCCAACCACACCAACAACAAUUCUACAAAACUCCCCUCGUCAUAACAACAACGGCAACGACGACAACGAUAAUGCCAACAAACCCUAGUCGACAAAAUGAUCAUCGUCGCGACAACAACAUUAACCAAAUCGAUCUUAACCUAAACCUACACUCCCCGCAACUCGAAAACACGAUUGGACACGAAACACCGUCGACAAUGUUGUACCUACAACAAUUGGCCAACUCUUCCACUGAAAUCAAGUCGACAAAAAUCGACAGCAACGACGACGACGUCGAAAAGUGUGAAGUGAAGCUAAGAAAGCUUAGUGAUCUAAGAGAUGUGAAUUUGGAUAAUGGAGGAUGGUUGCAAGUAGGGAUGGCUUCAACCACAGACAUUUGUUAG